CCCCUUUUCUGGCAUUUCUCUAAAGACUAAAAUCCCAGUCACAUCUUGUUGUAGUAUCCUUUGAAGUAUUUUUGAUUUGUAAAUAAUUUAUUAAAACCCUCUGAGAGCCAAUGGCACCUCGUGUUCCCUAUACGUGGCGUUUGCCAGACUUUCCCGGCGAUGGCAGUGACCUGAAGUGGAUCGAUCCCAGCCUGCUGGUCAUCUGCCAGAAUGGUAAUGUGGAAGCCGCUGUCCAGCCCCUGUUGCAGACUCUCAAGCAACCGUUUGCCCCACGUCUGGUGGCCAGUGUCUUCUGUCAUGAGACGAUGCGGGAGCCUUUUAAGAAACAGGUUGUGGCUUCCAUGGAGCUACUGCAUCGUCAUGCUGGGAAUCAUUCGCAGUAUAAGAAGGCCUGCCGGAUGAUCGAAUGCCUGAACGCGGAGAUCAUCUGUAUUUUGUAUCCGGACUUCAUUGGCUUCCAUUGGCAGCGGGCCGCCAGUUCGCCGGUCAUCGUCUGUGAGUUCGACCAUAGCUUCUUUGGCGGCAAGAAACCCACCUCGAUCGUAACUCUCCACACUUUUCGUAAUGUCCAGGAGCUACCGGGUCUUAUGGCCCGGGAACGUAUACCGUUCGUAAGUGCCGCCGUCUGGUGUCCCAAAAUGUCGGCCGCUUACGAGACGGCUUUCAAACUCGGCUUGGACGUGGUCUACAUCAAUUGUGAUUCGAUACCGUUGGGACCGAUCAUGGAGUUCUUUUUGGCCAAGCAGCCGCACGUUAUCCUGGCCAAUUACCAUCACUAUGAGGUGGUGCGUCAUGGGGACAACCACCGACUCAUCGUCUUUCCGGCCGUUGUCCUUUGGCGACCGCCCGAGCCACAGCCGCCCCAGCAGCCACAGCUGCCAGAACCACCCACAAAGGAAAAGACAGACCAGGACAAGGGUGAACAAAUUCCAGAGUCCUAGACCCGAGUGUGAAUAAAAUUUUGUAUUAUUUUU